AUGCCGGAGUUGGAGCAAUUAAAAGUUACACCGGCUAACGGUUAUACGGUAUCUCCAAAAGAUUUUGAAUCUAAUAAUAAAGUAAAAUUAUCAGGAAGAAUACUAAAUGUUAUGACAACAUUACCAACACAAAUAGUAAGUAAUUAUGAUCCAAAAAAUAAUCAUUAUUAUUGGGAAGUUGAUCCAUUUCGUGGUAAUUCAGCAUUAUUUUCAUCACAAAGUUUUUUACAACAACAUUCAGAUUGGGAAACUCAUUUAAUUGCAUGGACUGGUGAAUUAAAAAAUAAAUCAAAAAAUACAGUUAAUUUGACUUCAGAAACUUUAGAAGAUGAUCCACUUUAUUUAGAUGAAGAAGAUAAAGAAGAAAUCGAAAAAAAAUUACAAACGGCAAUUGGAUCAAAAAAUAUUCAUCCUGUAUGGUUAUUAAGACGUGAUCAAGAAAGAUGGAGAAAAUAUGCAGAAAAAUUUUUAUGGCCUGUUUUUCAUUAUUUUCAAGGUACUCCUUCAGAUGGUAAAGAAGAAAUUGAAGCAUGGCAUGAUUAUGUUAAAUUUAAUGAAGCUUAUUUGAAUAAAAUAAAACAAAUUUAUAAACCAGGGGAUGUUAUUUGGAUUCAUGAUUAUUAUUUAUUAUUACUACCUCAAUUAUUAAGAAUGGAAUUACCUGAUGCUUAUAUUGGACAUUUUUUACAUAUCCCUUUCCCAUCUUCUGAAUAUUUUAAAUGUCUUUCUAAAAGAAGUCAAUUAUUAGAUGGAUUAUUAGGAGCAGAUAAAAUUGGUUUUCAAUCUGAUUCUUUUCAACGUCAUUUCAUAUCUUGUUGUGCAAGAAUAAUGGGUUGUGAAGUUACUAAAAAUAAAGUUUUUGCUUAUGGAACAACUAUAUCUGUUGAAACUUUACCAAUUGGUAUAGAUACUUUGAAAAUAGAACAAGAUGCAUUUUCAAAAACUAAUGGAAUUGAUGAAAAAGUUGAAGCUAUUAGAAAUUUAUAUAAAGGUCAAAAAAUAAUUGUUGGAAGAGAUAGAUUAGAUAAAGUUAGAGGAGUUGUACAAAAAUUACAAGCUUUUCAAACUUUUUUAGAAAUGUAUCCUGAAUGGAGAGAAAAAGUUGUACUAAUUCAAGUUUCAACACCUGGUUUUAGUCAUUCUGCAAAUAUUGAACAAAGAGCUACAGAACUUAUUAAUCUGAUAAAUUCGGAAUUUGGUACCUUGAAUUAUACUCCAGUUGUGCAUUAUCAAAUGAUGAUUCCAAAAGAAGAAUAUUUAGCAUUAUUGAGAGUGGCUGAUUUAUGUUUAAUUACAUCUGUUAGAGAUGGAAUGAAUACAACUGCAUUUGAAUUCGUUAUUUGUCAAAAAAAUCAUGAUUCACCUUUAAUUUUAUCUGAAUUCACUGGUACAGCUACAGUUUUAAAUCAAGCUAUAUUAGUUAAUCCAUGGGAUUCAGUUGGAAUUUCAAAAACUAUCAAUGAUGCUUUAAAUUUUUCAAAUGAAGAAAAAAAAUUCUUAGAAAAGAGUUUAUUUGAAAAAGUAAGUUCAAAUACUAUUCAAAAUUGGACAUCAACUUUUGUUCGUGAUAUUAUUGAACAUUCUAUUAUAACACAUUCAAAUCAUUAUACACCAGCAUUAAACAGACCUUUAUUAUACAGCAAUUAUCAAAAAUCAAACAGAAGAUUAUUUUUAUUUGAUUAUGAUGGAACAUUAACUCCAAUCGUAAAAGAUCCAGCUGCUGCUAUACCGUCUAGUAAAUUAAAUAAAACUUUAGAUUUAUUAGCAUCAGAUCCAAAGAAUCAAAUUUGGAUAAUAUCUGGUAGAGAUCAAGCAUUUUUAGAAAAAUGGAUGGGUCCAAAACAUGUUGGAUUAUCUGCUGAACAUGGAUGUUUUAUGAGAGAUUUAGGAUCAACUGAAUGGCUUAAUUUGGCAGAAGCUUUUGAUAUGUCAUGGCAAUCUAAAGUAGAAGAAGUUUUUAAAAAAUAUACUGAAAAUACGCCAGGAUCAAAUAUAGAAAAAAAGAAAGUUGCAUUAACUUGGCAUUAUCGUGGUGCUGAUCCUGAGUUAGGAGCAUAUCAAUCUGAAGAAUGUUAUAAAGAAUUGGAAAAUGAUAUAGCGAGUGAAUAUGACGUAGAAGUAAUGACUGGAAAAGCAAAUAUAGAAGUUAGACCAAAAUUUGUUAACAAAGGUGAAAUUGUUAAAAGAUUAGUUUUACAUCCACAUGGUCAAAAACAAGCAAUUGAAGAAAUUAUUCAUCAUGAUUCUAAAUGUGAUGAAUUACCUGAUUUUGUAAUGUGUGUUGGAGAUGAUUUAACUGAUGAAGAUAUGUUUAGAUCACUUUUAAAAGUAGAAAAUCAAUGGAAAUUAGAUGGUAGACCAAAAAAUGAAUUUGGUUCAUAUGGAAUUUAUCCAGUUGCUGUUGGACCAGCUUCUAAAAAAACAGUUGCUUCAUCACAUUUAACUGAACCUUCACAAGUUAUAGAAACUUUAGGUUUAUUAGCUGGUACAGUAUCACUUUUUGAAAGUGCAGGUAGUGUUGAAUUAGAUGAUCGUGGUCAUGUUGCAAAUAGUGAAAGUUCAACAAGAUCAAAAGAUGCUGUUUUACAAGCUUCAUUACGUAGGAAGAAAAGUUCAGAAUUAGCUGCUAAAACUUGA